UGGCAUCGUGCAAGAGAGACAAAGAAGAGGAAAAGUACUGCAGAGACUGGGAGAAGGAGAAGGAUUUGAAGGACUGGGUUCGGCCAGUUAUGGGAGAUGAGAGAUUGGCGGCCUGCAGGGUCUGUAAGUCUGAGAUGAAGGCCAACUAUGAUGUCCUCCAGCAGCACAUGGUCACCAGCAAACAUCAAACAUUUGCUAUGCCAGGAUGUGCGACGGCCCUUGAUAAUACGGGACUUAGUGUUUCAAAGAAUUCUAGUAAUACCUCGAUGGAGACCAAGGGAUUGUGUUCCUCAGCUUGUUCACAGAAGACAAAAGAGGAGGAAACAGAUAAGGCAUCGGUGCACAACGGGCUCGGGAAUGCAACAGAGUCUUUUCGGUUCAGCGCUGAACCCACCUUGGAAGACAUUCGCAAGCUCCAGAUUGCAUUUACAGCGGAGCGUGGUUGGGGAAAGUAUCACCAACCUCGAAACCUUCUUCUUGCACUCGUUGGGGAAGUUGGAGAGUUGGCAGAACUCUUCCAAUGGCGGGAGGACGCCCCCGAAGGCCUGCCAGGAUGGACGGCCUCCGAGCGCGAAGCCCUCUCUGACGAACUCAGCGACGUCCUCAUUUACCUGGUGGCCCUUGCCAACAAAUGCCGCGUGGACCUCCCCACAGCCGCCCUCCAGAAGAUAGAGAAGAACCGCCUCAAGUACCCUGUUGAGCAAGUCUAUGGGUCGUCAAAGAAAUACACCGAGUAUCAGAAAAAAUGAGUCGUCUCCGCCUCUUCCUCACGAGAGAGAAAGGCAUCUGCUGCUUGUGGAACAUGCAAAGCCAUGUUUUUUUGAAGAUGCAAAGGAUGUUAUGACUUGAAUCAUGCCCAGAUUAAGGCCCCUUCCACACAGCUGAAUAAAAUCCCACAUUAUCUGCUUUGAAUUGGAAUAUAUGGCAGUGUGGACUCAGAUAACCCAGUUCAAAGCAGCUAUUGUGGGAUUUUUUUUUUGCCUUGAUAUUCUAGGUGAUAUGGCUGUGUGGAAGGGCCCUAACUGGUCAGAGUAUCCUAUCCUUCAUUUUUAGACUUUUUAAGUGGAGACUUGCACAUUCAAAGAUCCUAUGUGCUGUAUAUAGUGUAGAUAUCUGUUGCUGCUAUUUCCUUAUCUCCUGUGAUUCUUCAGAUGAACAGCCACAUCCAUAGCCAUUAUCUCAUGGGAUUUGGAGUCCAGUGAGAUCUGGAGGAAAGAAGCCCUGCCUUUAGCCUAAAACAUGAGUAAUGUGGGUGUAAGUGGCCUCCUGAUUAGGGACAAACUAGGGCCCCUUCUACGCUGCCGUAUGAAAUUCAAAUUAUCUGCUUUGAACCGAAUUAUAUGCCAGUG